UCUGCGCGGCGUGUGAAACGGGUGCUUAUAAAGCUGCUUGCCGCUACGCCAUCUAGAUCAGUUGGCACCGUUACUGUCAAGCCGAAGCCACGCCGUGAGUUUCAACAUAUUGGAAAGCCAACGCUGUCGGAAGAUUUGAAGAAAAAUAAGCAAGAAAGAAAGAAAGAAAGGAGAAGUUUUUAAAAACUUAUUCUACUGAGAAAACCAAGUACCUGUUUCUGCAGUGGUUGUUAUAAACAGAAAAGUACGAAGAAUACACAAUGGCAGCUUUCCAAAUUCAAAGUUUGCACACUUGGAUCCUCGCCUUGACACUUCUAGUUUGUUUGAUGAUGUGCACGACAAGAAUUCUGGCUUCAAAUCUCGAUGGAGCAGACACUGACGACGAAAUUCGCCCACUGGAAGAUACACAGGAAGAAGAAAAAAGGCAACUCUAUUAUCCGGGUGUGUACGACUACUGGAAGAAAUAUUGGACCAAAAAGGAAGAGCGCCCAUGGGAGAAAUUACCAAACACUAGUUGCUACCGUAAGAAAUGCCAGUCUACAAAAGACUGUUGCCAGCGCUACAACAUUUGCGACCCAUACGUUAAGAUCUGCUACGAUUGCUGGUACAAGUACCCGUGUAAGACUGACGCCAACUGCUGUCAGAAGUAUCCCAACUGCAAGAUAGGAAGGGACGGCAAAGGCCAUUGUUAUUCGUAAUCGGCAGGAAGCCCCCUCACAAGAUGUGUUAUAAUGAAAAAUGGGUUUUGUCUUAGUUUAACAUGUAGUAUACAUAAUUUUCUCUUCACGUUGUACAGUUAAAUGAAUAUUCGUUUUCCUUUACAUGGAUUUUUUUUUACUUUAUAGAUCCAUUAUUAUGCACGAACACAAGUCUAACUUGGUUUGAAGGCACUAUGUUCUUUGGUAGACAAUGAUUUUAUACAUAUGCAAAGCAAUGGCAUUUUGACUAAAUCAUACAAGCAUAUGCGCCGGGUUUGCAAGUUUGGUUCUUCUGACAGUUCGGAAAAGUCAACAUAACAGUCCUCAAAAUGCGUAGAUCUAUUGUUAAUCUUAAUAUUGACAGAAAUUUUGCCUGAGAACGAGGGGAAUAGAAACAAACUGUUUCAGUUGAAUAUAAAUUUAUAUUAUAAAUAUAUUGUUAUAGAUUUACCCUGCGUACCGGUACAAUAGUAUUUACGUUCGUGCAUUUGGCUAAGUCGGAAAGUAGGGGAUGUUUGAAGUAGCAUAGGCUGUUGUACAGUAAUAAUAAUCUGCAUGUAACGGCAACUCAGCAAGAUGUAUUUCUACAAGUCAUAUACAUGUGCGGCACAUCCAACAGUUUAGUGAACGUAUUUCAUCAGUGUCACAGUAUUUUUUCUCUUUUAAGGUAAAAGUAGGUUUGUUUUGGGAAAAACGACGGAUUGUGUGUCACACGUUUUGUGUAUCACCUUUAAUUGCUCUCGUCUCCAUACAAGUUGUAUUGUCUUACUGAGUUCAUGAUGUGUUUGGUACAUUGAAAAUGAAAUCCACAUAACUUCAUCAGCCGUAUUACAUUUCAUUUAGGUUAAGAUAUUAACUUUUUUGUUUUUAGAGAAAAUUUUAACGAUAACUGUUACUGUAAAUUGGUCAAUA